GUCCUGACGUCGCCGUGGCCGCGGAGGAGGCUGUGGCCGACAAGGACGGCCCACCACAGCGGGAGGCCGCUGGGCGCGCUGCGGAGAGGGGCUCUGCAGCCGUAGCGGGCGCUGGAGAUGCUGCCGCGCGGCUCGCUCCGCAGCAGCCUCGCAGGUCCGGGCGGCUGCGGGCGGCUGCGGAAGGGACGGCGGUUGGCGACGGCACGGCUGAAUCGCCGCGGCAGCGUCGAAAGAAGGUGGGUGCCGAUGCGGCCGCCGUCGCCCCGCCAGUCUCGCCGACAGCUCCAGCGCCCAGCAGCGGCGGCGCGACCUCGACCGUGGAGGCCGCCUUGGUCGCUGGCGCCCAGGGCGCCGCAGAGGCAGCGGCAGCCGCCGCCGCGGCCAGUGAGGGCGCUGGGGCCGCCGGCGCCGCCGCCAACGCGGAGGCGGCCCACAGAGAAGGCGAACGCGGCGGCGGCCGCGGACGCGGCCGCUCGGAGAGCCUUGGGCCUGGGGCUGGGCCGCCGCCGCCGGACAGGAGGUCUGAGUCCGCGAUCGCAGAGGUCGUCACGGCGCUGUGCAGAGCGGGGGAUCUUCGCAAGUUCCGCCUCUUGAGCGACGAGGAGUGGAAGAUUGUGAAGAGGGCCUUGUUGGAGGAGGUCACGGGCCUCCGGCAGACCGCGCCACCCGCGUGA